CCGGACUUCCCGUGUUGACGCUUUCGAAUCGAUUGUAGCGCAUGCAACUGUUUUAGCUCUACCUAAACUGACAUUUGUGGUGACUGACAGCGACCUGCUAACCACCGCGCAACAUCGUCCUUGUGGCACUGAAAAACAGAGGCAACAUGAGCGUCAGUUCAUCGCGCAGCAGCGAAGAAAUGGACGAGCUGGAGUCAGUCAGCUGGUAUCAUUAUGAUUUGUCCCGGCAUGCUGCUGAAGCUCUUCUCCUUUCAAAUGGGGUUGAUGGAAAUUUUUUACUCCGAAACAGUAACCAAGGACCUGAGUGCUUUGCUCUGUCUGUCCGAGCAAAAGAUUCGGUCAAACACUUUAAUGUCCGGAGGCAGUUUGGAAGAUAUUCUUUUGGCUUCAACGAAUUCUCUUGCCUUCAGGAUUUUACCAGUCACCUUGCCAAUCAGCCCCUGCUUGGAAGCGAGACAGGAAACCUGAUAGUGUUGAAGUUCCCAUACCCACGGCAAGUGGAGGAGCCAUCUAUAUACGAGACUGUGUGUGUGCAUACGGCCAUGCAGACAGGGCGGCAUGAAAAUGACCUGGUGCCAAGCGCUCCAUCACUUGGAACUAAAGAGGGUUAUCUGGUAAAACAAGGAGCCAUCAUCAAGAACUGGAAGCAGAGAUGGUUCACUCUGAAUAGACAUGAACUUAAAUAUUUCAAGGACAAAAUGUUUGUAGAGCCACUUCGAACCCUGGAUCUGACAGAGUGCUCUGCUGUCCAGUUUGAUUACAGCCAGGAGAGAGUAAAUUGCUUCUGUCUGGUGUUCCCGGAGAGAACGUUUUAUCUGUGUGCGAAAUCUGGUGCUGAGGCAGAUGAAUGGAUAAAGCUACUACGAUGGAAACUGUCACAGAUAAGGAAAGGUCGAUGAUGGUCAUCAUGGAGAAGACAAGUAUUAGAGCAAAUGAGAGCUGUUUGUAAUUACAUAGGAUUCAUUGCCUGGAUCUGGAGCCCUGUUACUUGGUAUCAUGAUUGAAAUAAUCACUACCAACGUUAGAAUAAUUGAAAGUAGUUAUUGGUAUUCUCAUUUAUGUUCUGUGUAGAGUUCAGUUUUGAUAGCAAAACUGUACCUUCAGCAUUGAACUUAACAUGCUUUGAAACAGUGUGUGUGCAUAUCCUGUUUUAUAUAUUUCUGCUACUAAAGCGUCUAUAAAGUCUAAUGUAGUUUGUUUGCUGUAACAGUUUUGGAUAAAAAAAAUUGUUUAUUUUUAUACCAAGAAUAUAUAGUUAAAA